AUUUGAUCUAAACUCAAGCAUUUUCUAUUUUUUUUUUACUGAGUCGGGCCGAAUAUAAAAAAUGGAUCUCGUCAAGCUCGAGCAGUGAAAAAAAUGGAGCAAACAUUACAGAUUGUUUUACAGAUUGUAGAAUUUCAAGAAUGUGUGGUUUGAUUGGUGAGCAGAGGAUUUUGUGGGCCCACAUAACCCACAACAAUUUGCACCAUUUCAAUUUCUGUACUCUGUGUUUUCAUCAUGUCCACAAACCCCUUUUCUCUGUCUUGUGCCCUCUCACACUCUCACACACACAAAUCCAUUCAAAGUGAGAUUCAGAAAGAAGAAAGAUAAAAAAAAUUGAUGGGCUUUAGGUGUGCAGAUAAACUGAGGAAAAAUUAGGCGAAAAAAAGCAAAUAAAUGCAAGAAAGAGGAUGAAUAAUGUGCUAUGCUGUCCAUGGCCGCUCACACAGCUGUAUUUUUAUCUCCUUACAUUUGUAGCUGCAAACUCAAGCCUUCACCAAAACCUGCUGUUCUUUUGCCCCAAUCCUUGACUGAUCGAAGGCCUUCUUACAAUUCCCUCGUUUUCCAGGCUGCACGACUUUUGGGCCCUCCGGCAAAGUUCGAAGAAUCAAAGCUAAAGGUGUUAUUUCUGGGAGAAAUCGGCACGCCAACCAGAAUCAUGCCAAGAACUUACACUCUUUCACAUUGCGACUUCACGGCUAAUCUAACUCUAACUAUUUCGAAUGUUAUCCCACGUGAUCAGCUGACUGGGUGGUAUAAUAAAGACGAUGUUGUUGCUGAGUGGACACAAGUUAAAGGUGAUUUGUUCCUAAAUGUCCAUUGCUAUGUGAGCGGACCAAAUUCUUUCUCAUCAAUGGCUGCCGAAUUUAGAUACCACAUAUUCUCUAAAGAAUUGCCACUGGUUCUUGAGGCCGUUUUGUAUGGAGAUUCGGAUCUUUUCAAAGAACGCCAAGAACUAAUGGAUGCUUUAGUGAGAGUGUAUUUCCAUUCGAGCUUCAAGAAGUAUAACCGAAUGGAGUGUUGGGGACCAUUGAAGGAUGCUGCUCGGGGCAAAGGAGUGGAACAGAUUAAUGGAUAUAUGUCUGCAAGCAAAGAUAAUCCUGGUGAUUCCAAAUUUUGGGGGACUCCAAAAUCAUUCUUUCAAGCACUAGCUACAUUCUUGCUCUGAUUUAUGUGGAUAAUAAUAUCUUGGAUAUCAAAAGGGCCCUGUUUUGGAGUUUCACAUGAUAUGCAUUCAUUCUCAUUCUAUAGCUGGAAUUGUUUUGAGUUCAUUUUACUGAUUUGAAGGUAAUAUAUGGACAAAAACUCAUGUCUGUCCUGAUUCUUGUUUAAAGAAAAGAAGAUUGAGUAGUGUAUAGUGUGCAUUCUAAAAAAUUUGGCCUUAAUACUGAAA